AUGUCUGCGUUUAAAAGACUGCUUAACAUUGUAAAGCACAAAAGACCAUGGCAUCAUGGACGGAAGGGUUUGACAACAUGGGCCCCUGUUGGAGCUGCUUUCAAUACCAAAACACAGAAGAAGUUCAACCCCUUGGAGAAAAACGGGGGUUUGUUUGGAGUACCAGAGCUGAGCUGUCCUGCUGGCUUUCAGGUGGCGACUCAAACAGCUCUCAUCAACACAGACCGCCUGCUGGAGAGAGUCUGUUCCCUUAGUCCUGGUGUGAAGACUGUCCAGGCUUUUGACCAGCUAUCAGAUGGUUUGUGUAAAGUGGCUGAUCUGGCAGACUUUGUAAGUGCCCACCCCGAUCCAGCUUUUCGAGAGGCUGCUGAGAAGGCCUGCAUGGAGAUUGGCACAGUUGUGGAGAAGCUGAACACAAAUGUAGAGCUAUGCAAGAGCCUAAAAACAUUGCUGUAUAACCCGGACAUGGUGUCUCAGCUGGACGCUGAUACCAGACGAGUUGCAGAGUUGUUCAUGUUCGACUUUGAAAUAAGUGGAAUUCAUCUGGAUGACAAAGUGAGGAAAGAAGCAGUUUCUCUUCACGUCAAGCUGUUGGAUCUCAGCAAUGAGUUUCUUGUUGGCUCUCACCUUCCAAACAAAAUAGCAAGGUCUGCGAUUCCUGAGAAUUUACACCUGCACUUUGCAAGUGAAGGAAGCUUUGUCCAAGUUGGGGGAUUACAUGCAGAUUCCCCUGAUGACUUGGUACGAGAAAUUGCAUACCGGAUUUUUCUCUAUCCAAAUGCAGAUCUAAUGGAGUGUCUGGAAGAGCUGCUGAAAUGUAGACACAAGCUGGCCAAACUUCUGGGCUAUGAGACAUAUGGGCACAGAGCUCUAAAAGGAACGAUGGCCAAAACGCCAGAGACGGUGAUGAGCUUUCUUAAGUUGUUGACAGAGAAGCUGUCAGACAGAACAGCCAAAGACUUUCAGAUGAUGAGGGACAUGAAGAAGAAACUCAACCCUCGUAAUUCUGAGCUCAUGCCAUGGGACCAUCCGUUCCUGAGUGGUGUCUUGCGUGCAGAAAGGUACAACAUAGAACCUAGCCUGUACAGUCCCUAUUUCUCUUUGGGCGCCUGUAUGGAGGGUUUGAACAACCUGUUCUCUCAGCUGUACGGUGUGUCCUUCAUGUCCGAGCAACCCACUGCUGGAGAGGUUUGGAGUGAUGAUGUCCACAAACUGGCUGUUGUGCAUGACACAGAAGGAUUAUUAGGUUACAUCUACUGUGACUUUUUCCACCGGCCAGAUAAACCUCAUCAGGACUGUCACUUUACCAUCCGUGGUGGCCGCUGGUGCGAGGAUAUGGGUCAGUACCAGCUUCCAGUUGUGGUUCUGAUGCUGAGUCUUCCCCAUCCAACAAAGAGGGCCCCCACCCUUCUCACCCCUGGCAUGAUGGAGAACCUCUUCCAUGAAAUGGGACACGCCAUGCACUCCAUGCUGGGACGCACUCGCUACCAGCACGUCACAGGAACCAGAUGUGCGACUGACUUUGCUGAAGUCCCAUCCAUCCUCAUGGAGUACUUUGCUACUGACUAUAGAGUCAUCAGUCAGUUUGCACGGCAUUAUGAAACUGGACAGCCUCUGCCUCAGAGUAUGGUGGCUCGCUUGUGUGAGUCAAAGAAGGUUUGUGGGGCCGCAGACACCCAGCUGCAGAUUUUCUAUGCUGUCUUGGACCAGAUCUACCACAGCACACCACAGAACCGCUCAACCACGGACCUACUGAAGGAGAUGCAGCAGAAAUUCUACGGCUUGCCUUAUACGCCAAAUACAGCAUGGCAACUGAGAUUUAGCCACCUUAUUGGCUAUGGGGCCAAGUACUACUCAUACCUUAUGUCCCGAGCUGUCGCCUCAAUGGUGUGGAAUCAGUGCUUCAUUCAGGAUCCUUUAAACAGAGACAUGGGUGAACGUUACCGUCGGGAGAUGCUUGCCCAUGGAGGAGCCAAGGAGCCAAUGCUGAUGGUGGAAGGAAUGCUGCAGAGGCAGCCCACCAUUGAGGACUUUGUGGAUGCGCUGGUGUCUGAGCUCAACCCAAACUUUGAGACAUUCAUCAUGGACUCUGAAAGUUAAAAUAUGCAAUUUCCAGCACUGAAAUGGACUUGAACCUGUCCGAGGCAAAGAAAACAGUAACUGUGCACAAUUUGAUACUGAUUUUGCCUUCAGUAAUAAGUUAUAUUAACAGAAUAAAAGCCUCGCUACCAAAUCCUGAAAACAAAUCGGAUUGUUUCCUAGUCUGUGGAAAUCGACUUGAUUUAAAAGAAAAAUACCUCUAACAGUAAUUGAUUGACUAAAAAACACUCUUGAUGACCUGUUAAAAGCCAAUGUGAUCGCACAGGAAACUGAACCUACUCCGUGGGUAAAUAGCCUUGUUUUCACAGCAAAUCAAAUAAAAGGACUAGAUGAAACUACAGGUUUGCUUGGACCCUGCUGAUUUAAGUGAAGCAAUUACUGAGGCAUCACUACUCCAUCCCAGCAACAAAGGAAGUGUUGUGUACACUAGCUUGCAAGAAAAUAUUCACAGUACUGGAUGAAAAGGAUGAAUAUUGGGAAGCAAAGCGUGACCUGUGAACGCAUCUCAGGGACAACAAACUGGUUUUGGCGGACAACUGACAGGAAUGGCAGCAUUUUGAUUUGCAUCCAUUACUUAAGUUCAGUGUCCAAAGUAACCAGGACAUAGAUAGAAUAGGAGACAGCUCCACAGAAGACUUUUAAUCAAUGUGUUUGAAAUUAAAAAAAUAAAUGUAGACUUUUCUUUGUUGAAGUCAAACCACCACAUUUUUAUUGUCAUGAAUGAGUUAAUAAACUUCAAAAACAUCAACUAUAAAGGUUUUGAUUCCAGAAUAGA